CCCGGCACCGACCCCGUGACACCACAGGUGGGCAAACAACAGGUGAACCUUAAGGUCGCCGCCCGAACGUUUCACUUCCGUGUAGAGACUGCAGGGUCCACAGCAGGAGGAACACACAGCCACCAAAAGAUUUCCUUGGAAAAGACUAGUACCUGAGUUGAUCAUGUCGGGCUCCCACGGACUGACCAUCCCCUUUGCGACGACGUUUGACACCAGCCAGAUGCGGCCGGAGCUGACCUGGCUGCACGACCCGCACGAGUUCAUGCUCAGGGCGGACGGCACCAACGGGAUAGUAGUCACGCCGAAAGAGAAGAGUGACUUCUGGAGGAAAACGUACUACACCCCCGAGCUGAUCGCGGAUAACGGCCACCUGCUGUACGCGCCCGUCACUCAGCCCAACUGCGUCAUGGAGACCAUGUUCGAACUGUCAGCCGUCAAUCAGUUCGAUCAAGCAGGCCUAAUGGUGCGAUAUGACCACGAACACUGGCUGAAAACGGGUUUGGAGUAUGUUGACGGCCACUUCCGGCUGAGCUGCGUGGUCACCAACGUGUACAGUGAUUGGUCCACGCAGGACUGGCCGUCGGGAAGGCUGUCAAUCAGGGUAUAUCGCCAAGGCAACAGUUAUGUGGUGGAAAACAAGGCCCACGACGCGGACAGGUGGAACUUUAUCCGGAUCCUCCGUCUUGAGCCCCCGGCGGCGACCUCGGGCGCACAGGGGACGACCUCGGCCCCACAGACGGCCCUGAUGGGCCCCAUGGCCUGCGCGCCCACGGCCCUCGGCGGCAGUGUGCUCUUCCACUACUUCAACGUGCAACAUUCGGAUGGCUACCUCCAGUACCACCACAACUAGAUAAUCAUUUCCACAACUCUGUAUGUGCUUUAGGGACAGUGCUUAUUCACAUUUUUAUAGCUCUUGGGCCACACAGGCCACUACUGUAGGUGGCU